ACAUGAAUGGGGCACAAUGGAGAACAGAAGAGGGUUCGCUCGCCGCGGUCACGAGAGCACUGGGAGAGUGACGUCACUUUCCUAAACCGGGCAACAGCCGUUGAGUUGAGUGUCGAGCGAGAGACAGGCAGGAGUCCGGGAACAACUUCUAAUGUAUGCGGGCCGAGUCGGGCCAGUGUGGAGGGGCGCACUGUUUUCUUCUCCUUUAUGCAUCCUCCUGCUCGACUUAGCUCAACAGCGGCUCGUUGUUUUCUCACCGGCUCGCUAGCUAAUCUGUUUUUUGGCACAAAAAAAACGUUGUGUGUCCGUUUCUUUUACGUGUCCAGCCCUCCUGCGACUCCCAGCACAGAACCGGCCUUGACUGAGUGAUCGAGUGAGUGACUGCAUGGACCGGACUGAACAUGAAGAGCCUUAAAGCCAAGUUUAGAAAAACUGAUGUCAACGAGUGGAACAAAAAUGACGAGCGCCUGCUUGCUGCGGUGGAGCAUGGCGAGGUGGAGAAGGUGGCAUCGCUUCUUGCCAAGAAAGGUGCCAGCGCAGUGAAGCUGGACAGUGAGGGCAAAUCAGCUCUUCAUGUGGCAGCUGCUCGCGGUCAGACAGACUGUCUGUCUGUCAUCCUGGCUCAUGGAGCAGACUUGUCAAUCACUGAUGCUGCCGGUUUCAAUCCGUUACACCUGGCCGCCAAAAACAAUCACACUGAGUGCUGCAAAAAGCUUAUUCAGAGUAAAUGUUCCAUCGAUGCUGUAGACAGCACAGGAAAGGCUGCUCUGCAUCAUGCUGCUGCCAGCGGGAACAUCCAGACCGUCCAACUGCUGUGUGAACUCAAAAGUCCCAUCAACCUGAAAGAUGCAGACGGACUCACCCCUUUGCUGUUGUCAGCUAAACACGCUCAUGCUGAAGUGUGCAGCACUUUGCUGGACUGCGGUGCUGAAGUCAACGCUUCUGACAACAGUGGCAGGACAUCCUUGAUGCUGGCCAGCGAGUCAAACGCCGUUUCUGUUGUUGAAGUGUUGGUUCAGCGAGGAGCAGAUCUAUCAGCUGUAGAUUCACAAGGCCACGAUGUGGUACACUACGCCAAGCUGUCGGCCAACUCCGAGGUCAAGACUGCACUCGCAGCUGCCCUGAACAGACAGCAGGUCUCAGAUGCAAAGUCUCCUAGAAGUCCUCAGCAUGAUCAAGUAGCUAAGCUAAGUGAUGAACGGAUCACAACUCCCAAAAAACGAAAAGCACCUCCGCCUCCUAUUAGCCCACUGCAGAGCUCUGGACCCUCUUCUCCUUCAGCUGUUACCUCGGCCGGGACCCCUGCAUCCAACAAAAGUGACACUCCCAAAAAAUUUAACUACAAGGAGGAUGAGGUUAGAGGAACGGCACUGAGAGAAGAGGUUGAGAAGCUCCAUGAGGAGAGAAACAUGUUGCUGGAGACGAUUGAAGACCUGAGGCACACAGUGGAGCAGACGCCGACUUUUCCUGAACUGGAUACAAAGGUCGAGCAAAGUUUUACAGCGUCUGCAGCUCUGGUUUCCGCUCUGCAAGCCAAGAUUGCUGCUCUUACUUUGGAGAACCAGCAACUUACAGGCAAGCUCAAGAAACAUCCGUCCCUCCAAGCAAACGAGGAUCUGAAGGAGAUCAGUCGUCCAAACAGCAUGGCCUCCAACUCCUCUUUCCACUCUACCCAGGAUGAGUUUGAAUCACUGCCACAAGUCCCCUCCACCCCCCAAGUGGAAAAGGAAGACAGUUCAGGUGGUGUUUUCAUCAGACAGGAGGAAGAGGAGGGUGAAGGGGGCAGAGAAGGGAGCAAAGAGGAGAUCAGAUUGUUGAGACAGGCGCUAGAGAGUGUUCAGAUGAAACUGCUGGAAACCAGAAAGGAAAACCGCUCGCUUCAGGCACAGCUGAAACCUGAGCGAGGCCGAGAAAGAGACGAGUAUGAAAGCGUGAGGGAGAAAGGGAGAGAGGAAGAGCUGAUGGAGAGUCUAGCAGAGCUCCAGGCGAAGCUGACAGACACUCAGGAGAGAUAUCACCAAGCUGUGGAGGAGGUGGAGGAGCUGAGAGUACAGGUGGGAAGGGGAGGUGGUGAACUGAUGGAGAAACAGGAGGUCCAGAGACGUACGUCAUCCGCACUUGAACAUGAAGUUAAACAGCUGAAGGCCCAGCUCGUCCAGACGGGAGCUGAGCAAGAGAAAGCAGCUCAACGAAUCAGACAGCUGGAGGAGGCGCUGAGGAGGGUAGAGGAGGAAAGACAGAGCAUAAUGGAGAAAGAGCAGAGGACUGCACAGAUUGAGGAGCUGCACAAGGAGGCACAGGAGGAGAUUAGGAUGCUCCAGGAGGCUCUGAGAGGCACAGUGCCAGUUGAAGCUGCAGCCAAAGACUUUGAAGAAAUGAAGGCUGAGCUAAACGAGGUAAUUGCAGGGCUGCAGCGCCGCUUGCUGGAACUCUCGCACUCCUACAGCGAAACAAAGAGUCAGCUGAGUGCUGCACAGAAACAGCUAGCUGAGGCCCAAGCUGAGAGCGGUGCAGCCUCGUCGCCCUCCUCAGAGCAACAGCAGCAGCAACAACAGAUCCAGGUGCUAAAUGGCAAGGUGGAGGAGCUGCAGACAUUUCUAGCUGAGGCACAGGAGAAGCACUUGUUAGCUCAGGCAGAGAUUUCCGCGCUGAGGCAGGAGGCAGAAGCUCAGGCACAGAGCUCUGUGGCCCUCGCCGACCACACACAGGUGAUGUCCUCUCUGGGAAAUGCCAUCAAAGAGUUGGAAAGCCAGUCAGAGGCCCUGAAGGAGCAGCUACACCAGAAGGCCAUGCAGGUGGAGGCACUUCAGAACAGGCUGUCAGCAGACAAAGAUGUCACCCCAGAUGAUUCGGUGUCCCGCGUGGAGCACGAGACCACGCGAGAGCAACUGGAGGGCGAGGUGAACCACCUGACGCAGCUCCUCCAGGGGGCCCUCAGGAAGCAGGACGAGAUGGCUCUGGAGGCUGCUGAUGCAUGGCAGAAGGCACGGGAGAAUCGUGCAGAGCGGGAGGCCCUGCAGGAGCUGGUAAUGUCGAGGGAGAAGGAGAACCAGACCCUGACUUCCAGGCUGGCCGAGUCCCAGGAUGCUGUGUGUCAGCUCAAACAGCUGGUGGAGAAUCACGUCGCCUCAGAGAGAGAGAAGAACAAGAGGAUAGAUGAUCUGUCACGGGAGGUGGGAAAGCUGAAAGACGCCUUAAACAGCCUAUCACAGCUCUCCUAUACCUCAGGUUCUCCAUCCAAGAGACUGCAGCAAAACCAGCAGCUGGAGACGAUGCAGCAACAGAUCAAACAACUGCAGUACCAGCUGGCUGAGUCAAAGAAGCAGCACCACGAGAUUGUGUCAGUCUACAGGAUGCACCUCCUCUAUGCUGUCCAGGGACAGAUGGACGAGGACGUCCAGAAAGCCUUGAAGCAGAUCCUGAUGAUGUGCAAGAUGCCAAGCCAAGCCAAGGAGGCCUGCUGAGACUCACUGGGCCCGGUUUCCCAAAAGCAGGAUGUGAACUGAAGUGAGCUGCUGCCGCCCCCCCCCCCCCAUCCAAAUUCACACGUUGCUGCUUAUAAGCACGGAACCAACACAUGGUGCCUCUGGAUAAACCUUGAGUAUUUGUUAAUGAGGAAUAGUUUUACAAUCAUAUGUUCAUUGCCUUUGCUAAAGUCAUUUUGACCAUUUAAGAUUUAAAGUUCAUCAGUGUUUGCGAUGGAAGAUGUUUUUGGGAAACCUCAGCCCAGCAUACAGAUACAGUACAUCAGUCAAUUGACCGUUCAAACAAGUGGCCAAACUUACAACUUCAGUAUGUGCACGUUAGCACUACACUGUCAGUGAGCAGUAACCUUGAAUCACCUGCAGUUGAACCAGAGUGUUAAUACUGAUGUGGUUUGUUUCUGUUACAAAGUGCGCUCAGAGAAAUCACUUAGAGCUGCUGUCAAUAGUAUCUAUUUUAUGAUACAACAGUGUUUUUACCUGUUAAAUGUUUCACGGUUGUCAUCGUUGUCCUGAUACAGUCUAAAUUAUUCAUGCCCUCUUAAGUAUGCAUGUGACUUUGCUCAACGCCAGCCCAAAAAUCACAUACAAAUGUUUUUUUGGCCGCACUUCAAUGAAGAAAAUGCAUGAUACUGUUUGUAUUGCUAUUUUCCUAUUAGCACAAAAAUUUAUAAAAAUGUAUUUUACUGAAAUGUAUUAUGUCAUGUUUUCUAAAUGACUGUACUGUAAUGAAGAGGUUUGAUAGCUGUAUUUUUGACGGCCUUGUUUUGUGUCUGUGUUUUGUGUGAGUGAGAUGCUUUUUCCUCAAGUAUAACAACGCACUAUUCUAGUGUCUAGUGACACCUGGGUUAGUUUAUUUCCCCAUUAUUAUUCAUGUAAGGGGUUGAAUAUAAUUGUUAACUGUAAAACAUUUCAGCUGUAACAAAUGCCCAACAGUACGGGCUCAAUAGUUUUUGUCUUUUUGACUGGGAGGAUAGUUAGAGGUAAGAUUAGUUCUUACAUUUCCUCUCCGCUUGUCUACUCUUACACUUUAUUUGUUCUUACUUGAAAAGCAUGCAAAAUGUGUUGGCUGUAAGCAAAUGGUUGAGUUUAGCAUAAAAUUAGAGUUCUGUGUGCUGUCACAUGCCUGUAAUCAGACACUAUUUCUCUGGCUCUGCAGUACUUUCAACUCAGAAUUCCCAUUAAUAUCAGCAAUAGAUGCCAAUGUCACGAGGCUUCUCUGCACCAUCAUUAAUUUAUUUCAAUCACCAGGAUGUUUUUUUUCUGUUUGUGAAGCUCCCGUCUCUCUCAGUGUUGCUUUGUAGGUACGGAUGUACACUGUACAGUGUUGAAAAUACAUUUCAAAUGUAUUUCUUUGAACGUGUCUUCUAGAGACUUCUAAACUGUUGUCACAUCACACUCCUAAGCCUUAGUACUGUACUUAGAGCCAUACGCCCUUAGAUAUCACCUUUCCUCUGAACAGUGUUUGAGAUUAUUGAGAUCAUAGCCAACAUUGUUUGACUGUAGUCAGAUUCAGUGAAUUUGUAUCUGACUGAAGCUCGUUUCUCACUCAGGAACUUUUUUACUGAACAUGAUUUACACCUGACUGAAAUUUGUUCGGGCCUGAGUAGAGCUUUUGCUUUAUUUCAGAGGUUGUAGAAUAUAAACGACCUCUCUGUCUAUCUCUGUAGGCCUUGACUGAAAUGUUUUGUAACAAGAAAGGGAAAAGAAAGAAACAACUUUCCUGUCGGUUGUUUCUUCGCUGACAGUUUUGUAGUGAAAUUAAAAAAUGCUUGUUUGCCAACUGCUUUUUUUUGCCCACAUUAAUAAAUUUUCAAGAUACUGUA